GCAACAGAACAUUACGUUGGCUUCAACAUGGUGGGUCGUAAGCAGGAAAAUAUUAGCGUGAAAAAUAGACUGGGAAGAAAGAAUUUUCGUACAAAUAUGCCUAGAGCGUUAGGUAUUCGUGAUGCUAGGGAUGUUCUUGAAAAGAAAGGAUCCAACAAGGCUAGAGUGAAUAAAUCCAAACGUAGGAUGAUGUCAAGCAGACCACAACAAAUCACCAGCAAAAAUACGAAAGCGAGAAUACAAAGAUUGAUGCCAUUAAAUCACCUAAUUAAUCCUGUUAGCAGUAAACUAUCAACAAAAUCACCAAAUAAUUGCCGAAAACUUUCCAUAAGUCAAAACUCAAUUCAAGUCACUACUAGACAACCUCAACUUUCACGCAAGACAAUUUCUUCAUCACACUCGUUGAAAAUUAUCACCCCUUCAAAUAUGAUUGCAAAAACUGAUACUUCUAGCAACAUACCUCCAAAACGAACAUUAACAAAUGAAAUAUGUACCUCAAGAUCGUCAAGGAUUACAGAAGAGGAAGAUCUUAGAACAUCAAGUCCUAACCUUUCAUUCACUUCUCUAACAGGAGAACGGCCUUUAUUACUCAAGAGACCUACAAAAACAAUUACUGAUAGACGUGAUGAUAACGUAAACAUGCGUAAAGUUGUUGUCACCAAUCUUCAUUCACGAGUAAUAAAGGCAGAUAUUGUGGAAUUGUUUGGAGCUGUUGGUCCAUUGUUCGAUGUCACUCUAGCCAAUAACAUGGCAGAAAUUGUGUUUGAAAAAGCUGGUGAUGCGGAGAGUGCUUAUCACAAAUACCAUAACCGCAUGCUUGAUGGUAAAGCAAUGAAAUGUGCUUUGGCUGUAGUAAUACCAGAUAAAGAACAAACAACAGCAAACACUGGUGGUAUCCAAUAUACUGGUGCAGAGCUUGUCUAUCCUGCUGCAUCUUCAAGACCAGUUAUAUUUCAAGUUCGGAUAUAGUUUAUAUUAUAUAUAUAUAUUGAUGAUGCAUUUUAUAUGUUAAUAAGUUGAAUAUACAUUGAUUGUUUUCUUGUAUAGUUUUAUUUUUUAGACUUAACAUUCAAUCUUUUUGUUGUUGAUUGGUAGUUAUAUGUUGAUGGUUGAGAAUCGCAGAGACUUCUAUGCACAGAUUUUGAAAAUACUGUAAUUUUUAAUGUCAAAUUAUAAUAUCCCUGACUUAUUGCUCCUUCACAGUA